AUGUACAAGCAAGGUGAUAAGGAAGCAGAUAAGAUCAUUACUUACGGGACGCCGACGUUAAACGAUUGGAAAAUUUAUUUGCGGAAUUUGCAGCAAAAUCCUUCCAUUCAAAACAUGGCCACACCCGACUCAUCGUCAUCCGAGUCGUCUUUUGAGUUGGAGGAAAGUUUCAAAGCACUGCUGGAUCGUAAACGACGGGAAAUGCAAGAAAAAAGAGACGAGGCACGAAUGCUCCCGGAAGACUCCGAUGUCGUAUCUCGCGAGGUGGCCGAAGCUGAAAAGGCAUCGACCGGUAAUGAUUCAACGUUUCUCGAGCAGGACUCGAUUAGCAAAACGUCCGACAUUAGCUUUGAGGAGAUGGAACGAAUAUGUGCUGUUUUGGAUAAGGUGAAUGGGUUUGACACCAGCAUUAAAAUGAAGGAAGACACCGUAAAACCACCUGCAUCAACUAUGCAACAAGCGAUUACACUCGGUGACGUAACGCAGCUUGAUGAUAUUGACGAACCGUCCGGUUUGUGGGAAAACACAAUUCUGCCCACUCUUUCGCCCGUAAAGCGUAUGCAUUUGCUCAGACCGUCCACAAUCCUAGAGGAAUCAGCAGUGUCCGGGCCGGCUGAAGCCUCCAAAAAUUCAUCCAUCGAAACGUAUAUUUCGGCUACACAGGUAGCGGAAUCAGCAAACAUACAUUCCGCUACCAGUGGUAGUGAUGUGUACCGGACGGCACAAGAUACCUUCGCAACGGAUUCUUACGCCCGCAGCAGCAUUUUGGAUAUGGAUUCUGGUUUGACGAGCGAUCUAACUGGGGCCGAUAAUCACACCAACAAUGAUCACGCGGAAGAUGAGUCUUUGUACAGCAAGAACUCUACAAGAGAGGCGGACUCGCUGGAGCAAGAUGUGCAGAAUGUAAUAGUCUUGGAUAGCAGUGAAAGUGAAAAUGAAGAUGAUGAGCAGCAGGGUACGGAAUAUAAAAAGGAAGAGUAUGAGACACUUGGAAGCACCUUUCCACUGGAUUCAAUGGCGAGUGAACGUGAUGAAAGCUUGGCAGAUCUAUCGCUAGUUUACAACAAACAAGAAGAAUCCACCCAUAACUACCCGGAUGAAGUUUCCGUGCUGGAUGAAAUGCCUGAUCGCUUCAACGAUACACUAGAAGAGACGGAUUUCAUGAUGAAGCAGGGAUUGAAACUUUUGGCACUGAAGAAACAACAGCAGCAAGCCCAAAAACAUUGCAUUCCAACAGCGCAACAGGAAACACAUCAAAAGGCGAAAUCUCGUACAAACUCCGGUUCGGAGGAUGGAUCUCGUCCACUGUUGCAUACUCCUUUGGGUAAAAAUGUCAAGAAAGGAACACCUCUCGGAACGCCCCAUUUUUCCUAUCUGACACCUACUAGUGGCAUGAGCUCGAAGUUGAAUAUUUCCCACGGAGGACACAGCGUCGGAGCCAAACAGACAUUGUUUUCCAGCAUGGGAAAAAACAGUGCCACCAAGAAUCCAACCAUCGGAGGGGCUGCUUCGGUAGGUUCCUUCAAAAAACCGGUUAGCCGUUUGCCACAUUUGAAAGUAAUGGGACGAAAGUUUGACCAUAUCGUAUCGCCUAUUGGUGCGUACAUCAAAAAAACACCUCAAAGUACGUUGCAGGCCAAGAUAAACUGUCACCACAAUAAUCUCAUCGAUGUGCUGCACAGUGAAAAUCGGGACAGUGCCCUCAGCACAGGAAGCAACCAUGGUUGCAAGGAAAAUCAAGGCAUUAACCUAAAAGGAUACACCUCCUCCCUUCCUGGGAAAGGCGUGAUCAGCUCCAAUCGUGCUCAUGUGCUGGACGAAAGGAAUGUCGUACGAAUUCCGGGUGGUGAAAAGAUGCAGAAGCUGAUCAACAAUUCGCCCACGAUGGUCAUUCGUCACGAGGGGCGUAUUAAAUUUGCCGAGCAAACGACAGGGGAUGAGCGUAGACUACCGCACAACAUUACCGCAAUGACUGACGAUAGUUUGGCCGAUUUAUCCGUGCUUUCCAACGACAUCUCAGUCCGUGUGCUGAAGGAUGCGAAACGCUACAAUUAA